AUAUGACGAAAGAAUCAUCAAAAAUUGAAAGUUUUAAAAUUGUUGAAUUUAAAAACUCAAAUUCAAAUUACAUCAAACCAUUGCGUAUAGAAUUCGAACAAGAUAAUAAAUUAAAAAUAUGGGAUUUUAUUAAAUCACAUGACAGUGUUUCUAUAAUCUUAUAUAAUAAAACGCGUGAUGUUCUCAUUUUUGUUAAGCAAUUUAGACCAGCAAUAUAUGCCAAUAGAUUAGAUGGAUUAAUAGAUGGAAAUAAAUUAAGUUUUGAUGCAGGAUUUUCCUUAGAAUUAUGUGCAGGUAUAAUAGACUCUGACUUAAAUCCUGAACAAACAGCUGUAGAAGAAGUGAAAGAGGAAGUUGGUUAUCAAAUAUCAGUUGGGCAAUUAAAAUAUGUCAAUACUUAUAGCCCCAUUGGGUAUCAAUGCAAAAAUAUGGUCAAGUAAAUACACAAAGAAGAGACUUUCGCUAGCUUCCUAAUUUAAUCUAAAAGAAUUACUCAAAGACAUAUAUUUAAAAAAAUUGUCAAAAUUUUCAAAAAGUACAUUGCAAUGACUUAUAUUAAUGGAGCGUGAUCAGCCAAUAUUGUUAUUUUACUGCCCAAAUGAUGUGUUGACCUUAUUUUAAUUGACAUUAUAUUCCUCUCAAAAUAUAUAUUGACUACUUCUUAACAUAGCAAGCCUAAUAAUAAAAAUGAGGCCAUUACUUUCUUAUUCGGGUGAUUAUCCAAAUAUACUAUCUAUAAUAAUUAGUAAUUAUUAUCUAAAAAUAUUUAAAUUAAAAUUAUUAGGUGACGGUGAGAUAAUACGAUUCAAAUUUAUUAUUUUGAUAUGUGACCUUCAUUUUAUAUAUAUAUUUUUUUAAUAAUUGUGUUUUUUUAAUGCGA